CCCGGGCUAGGUGUUGCGGCAGGCGCCAUUUUAUCGAGCCGCCUGUCUCGGGUGCCGCCAUGUUGGUGAGGAGAAAUCACCGUUACGGCCAGUGUCCAAAUCCCCGCGUCGCUGCACGCCGCCCGCCCGCCCGCUCCCAAGCCUCAGCCACCGGCGGCGAAUAGAGACUAAAGCGGCAGCGCCGGCAGCGCGGGGCCGUUGCCCAGUGUUUGCAGUUAGAGUCCCAUCUCUCUGGCGUGGUUGUUAAUAGACUGGAAAGUCUGUGUCUGUGUCGCUCACUAGUAACCGUGAGUUUUUACCACUUCGUCACCUCUCGGCGGCGGCCGGGAGCAGGUACCCGCAGGCGGCGCAGGGGUCCUCUCCGCGCCCCGCCGCCGCCGGCCUCGCAGACCUGUCCUCCAGCCCCGCCCCGUUCUUGACCAAACAUGACAGACUCUGAACAUGCAGGGCACGACAGAGAAGAUGGUGAAUUAGAAGAUGGUGAAAUAGAUGAUGCAGGAUUUGAAGAAACACAAGAACAGGAAGCAAAAGAGGAUGAGAAGCAGAAAAAUGAGAAAGCCUAUAGAAAAUCAAGGAAAAAACACAAGAAAGAAAGAGAGAAGAAAAAAUCCAAAAGGAGAAAACGUGAAAAACAUAAGCAUAAUUCUCCGUCUAGUGAUGAUAGUUCAGACUACAGCCUCGAUUCAGAUGUUGAACACACAGAAAGUUCCCACAAAAAAAGAGCUGGUUUCUACAGGGAUUAUGACAUUCCAUUUUCUCAGCAUGGACAUUUAUCAGGAAGCUACAUGACAUCAAAGAAGAGUCAACAUAACAAAAAAUUUAGAAGUAAAGAAUAUGAUGAGUACAGUACCUACAGUGAUGACAACUUUGGUACCUACAGUCAGGAAACAGAGGAAGAUUUUGCCAGUCAGCUGAAACAAUACAGACAAGCUAAAGAAACCUCAACGACUGCUUUAGGAUCAUUUUCUAAAGAACCAGGGAAAAAACAAAGAAUGAAAGUUCAGCAAGGUAUUGAACAGAGGGUUAAAAGUUUUAAUGUUGGUCGUGGACGUGGUUUGCCGAAGAAAAUCAAACGCAAAGACCGUGGGGGAAGAACCAAUAAAGGGCCUAAUAUUUUUUCAGGAAUGGAUGACUUUCAAGAGUAUAAUAAACCAGUGAAGAAAUGGAAGGUUAUGACUCAGGAAUUCAUUAAUCAGCACACAGUGGAACACAAAGGAAAACAAAUCUGUAAAUACUUUCUGGAAGGGAGAUGUAUUAAGGGAGAUCAAUGUAAAUUUGAUCAUGAUGCAGAGUUGGAGAAGAGAAAAGAGAUCUGCAAAUUUUAUUUACAAGGAUAUUGUACCAAAGGAGAGAACUGCAUUUAUAUGCAUAAUGAAUUUCCAUGUAAGUUCUAUCACAGUGGAGCGAAAUGUUACCAAGGAGACAAUUGUAAAUUUUCCCAUGAUGAUCUGACUAAAGAAACAAAGAAACUUUUGGACAAAGUGUUGAACACUGAAGAAGAAGCCACAAAUGAAGAUGAAAGAGAAUUAGAAGAACUUAGAAAACGGGGCAUAACUCCUCUUCCCAAACCACCUCCAGGAGUUGGGCUUCUGCCAACCCCACCAGAGCAUUUUCCCUUUUCUGAUCCUGAAGAUGAUUUUCAGACAGAUCUCUCCGAUGAUUUCAAGAAAAUCCCAUCUCUUUUUGAAAUAGUUGUGAAACCUACUGUGGAUUUAGCACAUAAGAUUGGGAAGAAGCCACCAGCAUUUUAUAAUAGUGCCUCACCACCAGGACCACAAUUUCAGGAAGGCAGUCCACAUCCUCAACAUAUCUAUAGUUCUGGAUCAAGUCCAGGUCCUGGACCCAAUAUGUCUCAGGGACAUAAUAGUCCUGUGAUGCACCCAGGCUCCCCCGGACAUCAUCCGUGUGCAGCCGUGCCGCACAGCCCACCUUUGCCACCUGGUCCACCUGGAAUUUUAGGUCCUCACAGUCAAGCUGGAGUACUUGUUCAACCAGAUCCACCUUUGACACCACCAAGUAUGAGUGGUGCUUACCAUUGCCCAGGCUUUCCAGAACACAUGAUGAAAGUACCUAGAGAGAAUCACUGUUCUCCAAGUUCGUCAUACCUGCAAAGUACUGGUGAAAUGCAGCUCAAUACCAGUUACGAGUCCGUACAAAACCCAGCCGAGUUUUAUGAUAAUUACUAUUCACAGCAUGUUGUACAUAAUUUCCAGCCACCCAAUAACUCUGGUGAUGGCAUGUGGCAUGUUGAAUUUGCCCAGCAUCAGCCUCUGGUUGUUCAAGAUUCCCCAAACCGGGGUGGUGGAUCUGACGGCAGCAGCAACACGACGGGCCACGGCCCCCUGCCUGCACCAGGUCUCCUUCCUGCAGUGCAGAGAGCUCUUUUUGUGAGACUUACUCAGAAAUACCAAGAAGAAGAUGAAUCAAGCAGCACCCGACCUCAGAGGGCACCAAGCAAGGAAGAAGGUGUGUCAGAUGAUACUGUUAACUGGUAUUCCAGUAGUGAAGAGGAGGAAGGAAGCAGUGUCAAGUCAAUACUGAAAACAUUACAGAAACAAACAGAAACUUUAAGGAAUCAGCAACAACCUUCCACAGAGCUCAGCACUCCUACUGAUCCAAGACUUGCUAAAGAGAAAAGUAAAGGAAACCAAGUUGUUGACCCUAGACUUCGUACUAUCCCAAGGCAAGACAUGAGAAAAGCUUCUGAGUCUGCCCCGCUGGAUCUUAGACUUGCAUGGGAUCCCAGAAAAUUAAGAGGGAAUGGAAGUAGUCACACAGGAUCUUCCAUUGGCGGAACAAAGUUUGAUUCACACCAUGCAAAUGCUGGCUCUGUCAAACACAAAAGAGGAGAUGAUGAUGAUGAAGAUACAGAAAGAGAAUUGAGAGAAAAAGCUUUCUUAAUACCUUUGGAUUCUUCCCCUGGUAUAAUGCUCCAGGAUCCAAGGUCACAACUGAGACAGUUCAGUCACAUUAAAAUGGAUAUUAUCCUAACCAAACCCAACUUUGCAAAACACAUCGUGUGGGCUCCAGAAGACUUACUUCCAGUCCCCUUACCUAAACCUGACCCAGUAUCUUCAAUCAAUUUACCUCUACCCCCUCUUAUAGCUGACCAGAGGCUCAAUAGGUUAUGGAAUACAAAAAGCGAUCUUCAUCAAAACACCAUGCCCAUUGAUUCAAAAUUAGCAGCCAAAGCCAAAAUUAACACAACAAACAGAGAAGGCUACCUAGAACAGUUUGGGGACUUACAUAGUUCAGGAAGUAAGUUAGGAGAUCCUAGGCUACAAAAAAAUUUUGAUCCUAGACUUCAUAGACAGCAUGGUACAGAGGCUCAUCAGGCAGUUACAAAGGAUUCACAUACAUUAAAGAGUGCCCCUCACUUAACCAGAUCAAACCCUGGUUCAUCACAGCCCUCAGGGGCAAUAACUAGCAAUUCUAGUCCCGGGGCCUUGCCUCCAUAUGCCCCUAAACUCUCCUCUUCAGCUGGCCUUCCACUGGGAACUCCAAGUUCAGUUCUUAGUGGCAUUAGUUUGUAUGACCCUAGGGAGCAUGGUUCAUCAUCUACAUCAGAGCUAGCAACAGAAAAUGCAGAGAACCAGAAAAAAAGUGGUAGUUUAAAAAGUAGUGACAAAAAUGAACCUUCUCCCGGAGAGGCAAUCCCGCCACAGAAAACCAGUCCGAACGUGGAAGUCACUGUUGAUGGGCCAGUUGACCCACAGGCAGAUAAUCUCAGGAGUUCUGGUGUGGUUCAGGUCCCAGCAGUGCACAGUCUUCCUAUUCAGGCAUUAACAGGCUUAAUUAGACCCCAGUACAGCGAUCCAAGGCAGUCAAGACAGCCAGGACAGAUGAGUCCCACCCCAGAAAAUGAUCCCGGUAAAGAACCAGAUGACAAAUCUCUGAAAGAGGUUUUUAAAACUUUUGAUCCAACUGCUUCACCAUUUUGUUAGCUAUUGUGUAAUUAAGCAGUUCUUUUCACUCUUGUGACUAUUGCAGUCCUCUGCUGUUUUGUAACUGGUUUACCUCUAUAGUUUAUUUAUUUUUAAAUUAUAAAUACUUUUCAGCUGCUAGUAUCAGAACCACAUGAAGUUAUAUCCUCUAAAGCCUGUGGUAUUUUAUAUAAUAUUUUUAUAACUUUAAGAGACUGUAGUAAUUGACAUAGAAACUUAUCUAUCAUGUUAGCUUCGGUAGAAGUACUUUUAUCGUAAAUAAACCAUCAUGAACUCAACACUCUGCCCAAAUAUAUGCCAGUUGUCUUUCAUAAUCAAUGUUUAGAUAAAUGAUUACCACUUUUAUAUGGUUGUUAGUUUCAAGCAAUAUGAUGUACAUUACUUUUGAGCAACAGUAUUUUGACUAGGAUCUUCUCUAUUUGUCAACCCAGAACUGAUUAAUAUGUAAUGCUAACUGCUAACUAAAAUGUAAAAUUAAGUAAAGAAAACAUUUUUAAAAUCACAAUUAGCAGAGCAGUUCAUGUUUAAGGGCAUCACUUUUAUUAGUAUUGGCAAUAUUAUUUGUGUAAAUGAAGCAUUUGAAUGUCCUAUCUUUUAAAAGUAUUUUAUUGUAUACUGUAUCAUAGAAGUUGGAGAUACAUAGAUUGUUUUUGCUAAAGUGGAAAAUUCCCAAGUUCUCUAACAUAACUUUUUAAAUUUAGUUUUUCAUAUUAAAUAGUUAUGAGUUAUUGCUGUGUUACAUUGUGAUGUUUAUGUGUUUCAAUGUUUUUUGUCUUUAGCAGCAUAAUUUAUAUUACUUUUUCAAAUGAUGUAGCUGCAAUAAUUGUAUUCAUCAUGACUUUGGUAAUUUUUAACAAAAUUUUAAUAGAUCCAGUGACAGUCUGUAGUGAUUAUUGCAUUGAUAAUGUUUUAAAUGUCCAGGUUCUAUAUUUUUUCUUAAAUAGCAAGAAAACACGGAGAUGGUAUAAUCAACUGUAUAUGGCUACCAAUAAAGAAUCUCUUUCAGAUCUCUCCUGACUGGCAUUCUGUAACAGAGGAGACUGCCUGGUAUUUACAGUAUUUAAUGUCCUCAUAGAUUGGAAAUCUCCUAAGUUGGCUAGAAAUUGUAUUUUUAUGAAAACUAAUUUGUAUUCAUUCUUGUGUAUUUAUUGCAGUAUAUAAGUAAUGGCAGCCCUAUUUGUUUUAUACAUAUAUUAUUUAUAACAGAAAACUAAGUAUUACACUAAUAUUCAUAUCUUGAACUGGAUGUGUGUGACAGUGUUUGUUGGUAACAACUCCAAUAAGUAACUUGAAAACAGAGCAUUUCAUUAUAAAAGAUAAUGAAAGUGGGGGAAAUCGAUCCUUGGAUGAAAACAGCUACCCUUGAAAAGUGAUUUUAAAAACAUAGCAAAAUAUUUCUGUAGGAACCUAACACUUAGAUAGUGUAUAUUAACUAUUAAUGCAUAUGUUUUCUAUUCACUUCUUCACUUUUUUGUUUUUGUUUUGUUUUGCUUUGAUUCCAUGCUUAAAUGGAGUUGCAGCUAAGUGAACAACAACUCUGCUUACUGAAGAAGUUCAUUGUGUUCUAAGUGGAAGGACAGUUGUUUGAGGGGAUGUGAAUUUCUACUAUUUAUACUUUGGUUACAUUGUGGCCUAACAUGGCUCUGGAUAACAUUUUUGGUUAAAAAUGUACUUUAAAGCCACCAUAGAAAGUAUUUUCUGGUUUCCUAUCCACAUGAACUUUAUUAUACACAUACAUAUAUGUAAUACUCCUUUUUCAGGGAAAAAAUCAGUAAAAUUGCUGAAUUUUAGUAAUUAAAUGGAUAAUUUUAGCAAAUCUCUAAUUCCCUUGGGUAUUUUAUAAUUAUAUUAAGUAAUGCUAUUUAUAUUUUAAAUAUCAUACAAAAAAGAUAAUUUGGCUUGUGAAAGAUCAAAAUAGAAUCCACAUUCUUAACAGAAGAUCCUUUUUACCAAGAGAUGUUGAACUAUUAGUUAAAAAGUAAGGUUUAAAUAUCAUUAAUGCAAGUUAUAAUGUUCACUUGCUCAGUAUUUUUGAGCCCCUAUUAUCUCAGCUAGUGUCCUAGAGGCUAUUUUAUAAGAAAGUGUGGACUUAGUUUAAAAUUUAACAAUAUAUUUUAUAUGAAAAUUUUAUAUUUAUGUUUAAAAUAAUGAUUUUAAUUUGUGGUCUUUUUUAAUUGAGAUAACUUUAGCUUAAGGGAUAUCCUAUCGUAUCCUGUCAACUUAGAUUAUCUUAAUCUUAUUUUUUCCUUUUUCUCACCAAAAUCUAAUAACCCAUUUCCGCUGAUGAAUAACCUCCUUUAAGAUGAAUCGGUGUUUGUUAGAAUCCAUGUAAGUUGAUUUACACCAGCACACUGGAAAGUACUUUAUGUCCCUAUUCUUAUAAGCCAAACAUUUACAGAUAACAGAGGUAACUUGUGUCCUAAAAGAGUCCGGAUGAGACUCACUGACUGAGAUGUAACUUAACUAUUCAUACUGGUUUGUGGCAGAAGGUUUAUCCCUAUUUACUGUGAUGUUGAGUGGAAUGGGAUAUAUCAGGGUGUUACAUUGGAAUACCCAAGUGACCGUAAUUUAGAUUGGGCAACUACUUUCCCAUAUCUUGUUUAGUCUUUGCCCAAAACUCCUGUCUCUGGAGCUUUCCCAGUUAGGACCUCAUUCUGAACCCUGAAAGAAAACCAAAUGUUGGAGUGAUUUCAAAUUCUGCUUCAUCAAUUAGGUCUGCUUCUGUAGGGACCCUCUGUUACCCAGCUCUAUGUACCAAACCCCAGAAUUAGGGUGCAAGCAAAACAGCCUAAGUAGGAGAUUAGAUUUGCUUAGGUUUCUAUUUGUCUUUUUAACUUGCCAUAAGGAUUUUAAAUAGUAGUUUUCCUUGCUAGUCCUACUUAUUUUAAGAGUGGAAGAAUAGUUGAUUAGUAAAGAAAUCCUGCAUAAGCUUACAUAUAAGCCGCUUUGCUGAAUUAAUUAGAAGAGAGAGAAGGAAAGGAGAACUUAAGAGGGCUAGGGGGUUUAAGGACCAUGAAUUCAUAUUGUUCUAAAUUGAUAUAUGGAUUUUUUUUUCUCAAUGUCCAGUUCCUUAUCUGUGAAAUGGGUAUAAUUUUGACUGCUCAUAGAUUUGAUAUAGUGAAUGAAUUAUUAUUUUAAAGCAUUUUAAACUGUAAAAUUGGUUUAUAACUUUUGCAAACAUAAUCAUUAUACUUCCACUAGGGUGCAUUUAGCUGUACAAAUUCUAAAGUAACACGGUUUGUGUGGUUUACCAGUUUUAUGAAAUUUCAGAUGAUAUACAUUAAAGACACAAUAGAAUUGUGUAAGAAGUUAUUUUGCAGAAUAUUAACCCAUGAAGUUAGCAAUUCCCCCUUAACAUUUUGUGUGUUAGUAAGACAUAGGACUUUCGUAUUUUAGAGCUUUAUGGACUUGUAGUGUCUAUUCAAGAUCUGACUGCUCUGCCCAUUUUGUACAAGUUGGAUAUUGAUAGAGGGUUAAAAAUGCUGACAGUCCAUAUUGCAUGGUGUUUUUGCUUCAAUUAUAGCAUGUGUGCUGUGGGCAAAGUGGCCCAUUUAUUCAUUAUAAAAGCCAUUGGCCUUAGAAACAACAGAGAUGUUUACUCCUAUUUCUUAGUAUGUAUUUCUGCAAGCACAUGACACAGAGGUAUUUCUGAGUGCCCACUUGCUUGAUAAAGGUGUCAUUUUCCUUUGUUCACAGCAAUUUAAAGUUUGGCACUUCCUGAGGACCUAAAUGUGAGGUCUUGUCAAAAUCCUUCCAGUUGCACAACACAGAGUCUUAAGGUGGAGAUGUUCUCCCCGAGUUCACCCUUCUGGGCGUAAGGGCCGUGUCUCAGAGGGGUGGUCUGUGCUCAAGGCUGUAACUUGGAGGGGUUGUGUGCAGUCACGGGGUCGGCUGAUAGGACCCCUGCACAUUUCAGUAAUUGGGCUUUUUGUGAAUAUCCAAAAUGAAGAGCUGUAAUUAUCUUUUCAGAAAUGGGUUGGCAGUGUUUGAUCACAUAAUGGUCAAAAUUAAGUCUAGUAGGGUAUGUAAGUCGUUAGUAAACUUAGUUUAAAUAAGGCUUAGUUUAGGAAAUGUAAGCUUUAACAAAAUGUAACCAAACAGGGCUUGAGCGUCUAGAGCUGUUUUCCUCACGUGUGUUUAUUGUUUAGCAUUUAUGGAAUGUCUUUACCCAAAGUGUUUAAUGUGAUUUACAGAACCAGUUUCAGUAGCUACCAAUCACCAAAUUGCUGGGCUUUUGUUUUGUUUUGUUUGUUUUUGCUGGGGUUUUGUUUUGAGUAUGCUAUUUAUCAGCAGUAUCUGCCAGUUGUAACAAAGCCUGUAUUAACCUUCUUUUCUUGGAAAGGAUUCAGACCUAAGAAAGGACUUUAGGUUGACAUCAACAUAAUAUUUAGAAUUUCUAAUUUUUAAAUAAGAAAUAAAAAGCACAUUUUAAAUUGUAUUUUAUGCUUUUGGAGGCAAGACCGGUAUGUGCCUCCCUACUUUGCUGUUUCCCCACAGCAACAAGCCUGGUUCUAGGCACACAGGUGGGUGCUUUGUUAAUUGCUUCCCAAUAUCCAUCCAAGUUUAGAUUUUCAUGUGGCAGAGCCACUCCAUGAUUGUGUCCAAGAGUACAAUUCAUAAAGUAUACCUCCUUCAGUGGACACAAGGUACCUACCUUCUCUUUUUUGUUUCCCCUCCCCAUCGCCCAACCAAACAAUGUAAAGGUAGGGUUAUGGCAGCUUAACGUUUCUACAAUAAUUCAUAACUCCAAGAGCCCUCCAGUUUUAUAAGUUAACUUUACUACUUCAUGGUAGAAAUUUGAAUUGGUCAAUAAUUUAUUCCUGUAGAUCUAUGAAGGAUUCUUUCUGUAACCAGAAAGAACUGCAGAAUCAGAGACCUCUUUUUAUUUUACAAUAUAUUUGUCUAAUUUCUCUCUUCCUGUUCUUAAAAUAUCAACCACAAUUAUGAAGUUAUGCCCCCCCUGGUGAAAUUCCAAUAACAUUAAAAUUUUUCUUUAUCCCAACACCUUGAAAGGUAAUUUAUCCUUUAAUGUCAUGAAUUGGACUCUAUAUCGGGUCCUGCAUGUUGCUUAAUACCCUUCAUUACCCUUUGGAAUAGAACAGUCAUGUGUUGCAGUGGGUAAAAUCAUUGUGGGCAUAGAGAAAAUCUAUUUCUCUAUGUAUUUUAUAGCCUUGUUUUUCCUUGAAUCUCUUGUCUUUAAAACUUUAAAUUUGUCAGAAGAAGUUAAUAUAUAGCUAAUAUAGCAUUUUAGAAAAAUAUUAGCUCCGAAUUAUCAGACCCCACACUUCUUGCUCAUUACUGAUUUUAAUACCUCUGUGAGGGUAUUAAGGUUAAGAGGAGCAGUAAAAUUUGCAUUAGCUAAUACUAUUUUGUCAGAGGUCUGAUAGUUUAUUGUAAAACAAUUAAAUAUAUAGAGCCUCCCCCCAAAAACAACUAGCCAUGUUAUUCCCAGACCUCCAUUAUGAGCAAUAUUUUCAUAUUAGUUGUCAGCGAUAGACUAUACGUUUUAUAUGCUUUUUAAAUAGAGAAAGUGAAAAAUAAUGAACUAAUCAUUGUUACUAGAGGUUUUCGCCCACCUCUGUUUUACAGAAGUUUGCCUUCCAUUUGUUUGAGAGGGAAGUCAAAUAAGAUAGGAGAAUAUCUUUUCAGAAGGUAGAAUGAUAUUUCCUUAUAAAAGUGACAAUCAAGAAAUAGUCAUUUGUAUACUUGCCAAAGUUUUAAAAAGAAUUUUACAUUCCUGACCCUAAAUCCACGGCUCCCCCACCCAGGAUUCAGAAAGGGCUCAGUGUAGAUCCAGGUUUCCGCGGCCCAGGUCCUUUUGUUUUUAGUCCAGGGCUUCUAUGCUUGCACAUGACUAAGGCAUUGAUGGCACGUGUGUCCUAGGAUUCAGUGUGUGUCUGUGUUUGGAGGCGGGGUUUGGGACUGGGGUGGGGGAGGAGCGGUCUGUGUUCAGACUUAUGAUCAUCCAUUUUUUAUCAGGUAUCCAAGUACCAUCUGUGGGCCAAAACGCAGGUUCAACCUAUUCAGAAUGAGGUGGGAUUUUAAAACAAAACAAAAAUUUCUAAUGUUAUUAUUUAAUUUCCCCCAGUUGUAUCUCAAAUGUUGGGGAAAUGCUGCCUUGACUGUUUUACUUUGCAAGGUUUUAGUAGAUACCAAUUUAGUAAAUUAACUAUACUGUCUGUUCAAAAGAUACCAGCAGGGUGUAUUUUGCUAAACUGAUAAAUUAUUCUACUUAAAGACUAACAAAUCAUUUGGUAAAAUCAGGAAUAUUAUUUCUUUUCAUUUACUAAUAACUUUCCAAGUUACCUUCUGUUGUUGCAAGUUUCUGUAAUUUUUUCCUGUCAUACCUUUCUAUUGUCUGACUUUAAAUAAAAAUGUUUCUAAUAAUA